AUGUCGGACGUGCACAACUUCAAGGAUUCGAGGGCAUUUGGAUUAUGUCGCAGGUCGUUUGUGACUCACCAAGACGCUGCAUCUUCAUUACUUUCUUCCGCGCUUGACCAGAAACAGCGCGGGACGCGUCUGAACCGAGAGGACUCAGUAGGGCCGUUUACGCUUGGAAUAUCUCAAGGCUCCCUCAAGGGAAAGAAAGUAAAACAGUGGUCCGAGCUGAGCACCGGUGGCAAGGUGAUUCGAACAACGCAGCGCACUUCGAAUCUUGCUGUCAUUCUUUUGGGUGCCGGGCUUUCUGCCGUGCUCAUAUAUGCCCUUACAUCAGAGUUGUUCUCAAGGAACUCGCCUACCGUUGCAAAAUACCUGCGAGCACCUCUUAUAUUCCACAAUAAUCCACCCUCCUCCACACGACCGAGGCACAGGCAUAGGCACGUUUCAUCCCAAGUCGCUGUAGAUUCUUCAGGGCGAGAACACAUGCUCCUAAACUUCUACGUACAAGGGUCGUCUUCCGCUAAAUCAGCUCAGCAAGCCGAUGAAGAAGCAGGCCCUUCAUACAUUGAGUCUCUGAGUUCCCUGACUCUAGAUGAAACCAUAGCGCUUGCGAAGGAGAAGCUGGAGUCGAUCGGGCAAUCUGCAAAACGUGCAUUUAGAUACUUGAGUGGCGAUGUCGCUCCAUCGCCCGCACCUCACCCACAACUGUCAACUAAUGACAGCCAGGAGAACGAAAGAAAACAGGAGAAGGGCAUGUGGAGCUUUGCUGGACUGUUCUCAGGAUUGAAGGGACGCAGAAGCGGCGUUUCAUGGACAGAAGGAGAGGUCCAUGCUGAUCUUGUCCGGAACGACGAGGGCUACUUCGUCUUCCGGUAUCUCCUGAUUGACCUUCCAAAUUCAGAAACCCGGAACCCAGUGAGGGUAUUCAUUGAACGAGCACCAGGUGUACGGGAGAAUGAGCCCAUCAUGCGAUUCACUUCGGCAUAG